AUUUAGGUAAAAACCAGGUGAGAAAGCUCCUUCUACCAGAUGAGAUAGCUCCUUCUACUAAGUGAGAUAGCUCCUUCUACUAAGUGAGAUAGCUUCUUCUACUAAGUGAGAUGGCUCCUUCUACUAAGUGAGAUAGCUCCUUCUACUAAGUGAGAUAGCUCCUAAAUCUACUAAGCGAGAUGGCUCCUUUUAGCAGGUUGACGAAAAACAGCAAAUAACAAUGACGGUAUGGGAAACUAUAAAUCUAGACCUUCAAUUUCAUGUGCAGAUGAAUUAAAGAAAAAGAUAAGUGAGAGUUACUCCCUGUUUCGUUCUCAUGUGAUUGAGGAUCUCCGUCCUGUGAGAGAGACAGAAUGGACAGAACUACAGCAGGCUUGCAGUGUUUGUGACACAUCCAAGGUGAUAGCCUUGAUCACAGAUCACAAUGUGCAGGAGAAAACAGACACAGGACUGACACUGCUACAUAUAGCAUGCAUAUCAGGAGGAAGCAAGCAUCUAAUAGAGGUGUUAAUACAGAAAGGUGUCAGACCUGGAGCAUUGUCCAAGAACCAAUUCUCUGCAUUACAUCUUGCCACUUAUAAGGGUGAUAUAGACUGUGUCCAGGGUCUGCUAGAAGGUUCAGUGGAUGUAAACCAGACAGGAAAUAGUGGAUUGACUGCUCUUCAUAUUGCUGCAAUGUGCGGACAUAAUGAGAUUGCCACUUGUCUGCUAGAACAUGAUGCAAACAUAGAUCUUGGUGAUGCUGUAGACUUUUCUCCUCUACAUAUAGCAUGCAACUUUGGACAUGAUAAGGUUGUUGAGGUUUUGUUGAAAUACGGUGCUGACAUCAACAUCAGUGGAAGUGUAGGUGACAGACCACUGCAUCUCGCUGCAGGAAAGGGUUAUGUAAGGGUCACGCAGUAUCUAGUUGAAGGUACUGGAAACUCCAAGGCUGAUGUGAAUGUGAAAGAUGAUGAGGAACACACACCCAUACAUUUUUGUUGUAAGUCUGGCCAUCUGGUUGUGUUACAUUAUCUUCUUGAACAGAAAGCUGAUCCUCAUGUAGCAAACAUCUACGGUGAUACACCACUACAUUUAGCGUGUUACAAUGGUAAAGUAGAAGUUGUUAAACAACUGAUUUCAAGAACAGGGCUUGAUAGUAUAACAAAGGAAAAUAUCUUCAGUGAAACUCCACUACACAGUGCAUGUACAAGUGGCAAGAGUUUGGAUAUGAUUAAAUUUCUCCUUGACCAACCAGGUGUGAAAAUAAACUACCAGGGAAAGGAUGGCCAUACAGCAUUCCACAGUGCAUGUUAUCAUGGGCACAUUCGUGUUGUACAGUAUUUACUGGAAAAGGGAGCUGAUAUAAAUCUAGUGGCAUCGGUCAGUGAUCAGAGUGGAGGCAGUGAGCGUAGGGAAGAUCAGACAGCAAUUAUGUGGGCAUUUGAACAAGGUAGGAUAUCAGACCUGUAUUAUACCUGCUAGAUCAGAGUGGAGGCAGUGAACGUAGCGAAGAUCAGACAGCAAUUAUGUGGGCAUUUGAACAAGGUAGGAUAUCAGACCUGUAUUGUACCUGCUAGAUCAGAGUGGAGGCAGUGAGUGUAGGGAAGAUCAGACAGCAGUUAUGUGGGCAUUUGAACAAGGUAGGAUAUCAGACCUGUAUUAUACCUGCUAGAUCAGAGUGGAGGCAGUGAACGUAGGGAAGAUCAGACAGCAAUUAAGUGGGCAUUUGAACAAGGUAGGUUAUCGGACCUGUAUUAUACCUACUAGAUCAGAGUGGAGGCAGUGAACGUAGGGAAGAUCAGACAGCAAUUAUGUGGGCAUUUGAACAAGGUAGGAUAUCGGACUUGUAUUAUACCUACUAGAUCAGAGUGGAGGCAGUGAGUGUAGGGAAGAUCAGACAGCAAUUAUGUGGGCAUUUGAACAAGGUAGGAUAUCGGACUUGUAUU